AAUAAGCUCCUGCUCGUCUCACUUGCACUCUUCCCCUUCUCUCAGAUCCGGAAACUUGGGGAGACUGGUAGUGGGCUGUUCGGAUCGGUCCAUCCAUCUCAGCGGCAGUCUGGUAAUUGGGGACGAGGUAUGGGCCUCCUCGACAAGCUGUGGGACGACACCGUCGCGGGGCCCCAACCGGACAUCGGUCUCGGCCGCCUCCGCAAACUCGCCGUCCGCCCCGCCGCCGUCAAGAUCAACGAUGUGGCUCCGGGCGCCGCGAUGGUGAUCCCACCUACCACGCCGGCCGGCGGCGAGGAUGCGCCGAUGAAAGUCACGCGCAGCAUCAUGAUUAAGCGGCCGGCGGGGUACCCCUCGUCGCCGAGGAGCGCGGCCAGCACGCCGCCAGCCUCGCCGCUAGGAUCCACGCCGCCCAUCUCCCCGUUCGCCGGCGGCGGUGGUCGCUUCAGAAGGAAAUCAUCCUCGGAUGCAUACCAGAGGGCUACCCCUGGGGCGUCGACCAGUCACCCUCCUCCCCCCUUUGAGGUGUGACUGCCCAGCGCGCUCAUGCUCCUUUUUGCUCCUCGGCCCGCUCUACUUCAUGCAAGGCAGUGGAGGAGAAAGAGAAGACAUAUCAUCGUUAGAGAAAUCGAGAAACGCCGAGGAUCUGCCGUACCUCUACUGUGAUAGUAUAAUAUAGAUGAAUGUGUAGUGUUUUGUUUCUACUAUAUAUGCAGUGCACGCGUGUAUGGUUAUGUGUAGAGAAGGCGUUGAAAGUUGCUGCUGCUGUGCUGUGUUAGUAUGUACGUACUUAGGUCGCCCCUAUGCUGGCACGCAGCUCCUCGUUUGUGUUUUGCUGUUUUGCCUACUAUGUUGUGGAGGCCUCGUCCUUCCACCACGUUCGUGUGUGGUGCGGAUGAAAGCUGUAAUGUUAAGUAGGGGGGGCGAGAUAUGGUGUACGUAGUACGUGUAAUUUUGUUUCAUGGUGUUGUCUCAAGUAGUUCCUGGUGCUUGCUUGAACUUUUAUGUAUUA